AUGCCGUCUUUCCACCACUGGACUGGCAAAAACAACCGCUCUCAACACAAUCUGGUUGGGUCGACGGUUGCCGAGGACUCGUCUCCAAUUCCCGCAUCAGCUGCGAGCCCGAGUGCGGGUGCUGCAAACACCCCCUCAGCCUCGUCCAACCCGGGCUUCAGCUCUAGCGAAUCCUUCCAGCCCGACAAAUCACCCACAACCCCCCCUCCACCGCCGCCACACCUGGUCAAUAUCUACAGCACCACCGCUGGCGGUCCCAGUCCUGCAAACCUUGCGCAGCUGCAGCAUUCAAACUCCGUCACUGGUGCUUUUGAUUCGCGCCCGAGGGAUACCGAUUUUACCGACCAGGUGACCCGCUCCCAGUCGCACCGCUAUCCCCAGAUCUCACCCAUCUUAACCCAGCAGCUGCACCCGCCGCUGCACCAGCAUCAGCAGCAGCCCCCUGGGUCGGGCUCUACCGAAGACCUCCCCGCCACCAGCUCCUCUAACAUCUCGUCGCCUAUUAUCGGUGCCGCGCAGCCGCUCUUUGUCCAGCAGGCCCAGCAGCAGGCACAAGCCCAAGCCCAGGCUCAGGCUCAGGCUCAGGCACAACAAGCUCAGGCACAAGCCCCGCCGCAGAGGCCCAAGCAAUCUACCCGCAAGCUCAUCAAGGGCAUCCUGACGGGAUCGUCAUCGUCGAAUCGCGGCCCCGAUUAUCACCAGCAACACCCCUCUCAGAACUCGUACAACAACACGUCGGGACUCGCUCGUCGACCCUCGAAGCGAGUUAGUCUCCCCCCGCCUCCUUUGCCCCCGUCUCUUCGGGCCGGCCUCUCUCAAGUAUCGCUCGAUCAGCAACAACAACAACAACAACAACAACAGCAACAGCAACAACAGCAACAACAACAACAGCAGCAGCAGCAGCAGCAGCAGCAGCAACAGCACCUAGACUGGCAAGCUCAGACCCACCACUCUCAACCCUCUCCACUUCGAGGUGCCGGCGAAUUUCGAAAUUCGUAUACAAUUGACGGGCCUGAACAAGACGUGCACCCGCGCGACAUCCAGAGUAACCCGACAAUUCGACCUGUUCCUCCUGCGGACGCAGACACAUAUUCGGGUGAAGAAAUAGGGUACCAGCAGCAGCAGCAGAGUCAUAUCCAACUGCAAGGCCAGGCUCCUCCCGAACUGCAGCACCCCCAGCAAUACGGCCAGGCCAUUUUUGAGCCUUCGCAGCAGCAGCAAUCGCCACAGCACUAUCAUUACACUAACCCCCAACAACUGGCUCAACAAUAUCAGGGUGGGACACAGCACGUAUACACUGGGCACCUUGCCAACCCUCAGCAGCAAAACCCAGAGACCGUGUCUCAGCUGUCGCAUGAAUCACCCAUCACGGACUCAGACCAACUCUCUGCCCAAAACGUGCAGACAGCGCAGGCCUCCCCUACAGUAACCUACAGUGUUCAGCCGGAAGAGCUACCUGCACGCCAAAACCCGCCCCCCGCGCAAGCUCAAACCCCGCAGCAGCAGACCAUGGCCCCACCAGCUGGCGGGCCACCCCCGGCCCGACGGUCGCAAGACACCGCCGAGAAAGGGAUGCGCGACCAGGUCCAACCUCCGCCUGGCCCUCCCCCCAGCUACCGUGCGAGCCAGCAGCCCAACAUGAACUCCCUUCCACAGCCUCCCAAUGCUGGCGGCCCUAAUCCCAGCUAUCGCCAGAGCACCGCACCGCCGGACAGGCAGCAAUUUGACGCGUCGGGAGAUAUUCAAGGGCGCAACAGUCCGCAACCUCCGCCCAGUGACCGGGGCGGAGAGGAAGCGGAAAAGGCGUUUAAAGAUCUUUUGACCAAAUACAAAAACGUCAAACGACUCUACUUUGAUGGCAAAAAGGACGUAGAACAGCUUAACGGCCAGGUCGAGCAGCUGCAAAAUGCCAUUGCCAACCAGCGCAUGUCGGCAAGUCGGACGGCGCUCGACGACAGUGAAUAUGCAACACGGUUCAACCGCUUGAACGGCGCUAUCUGCAAUCUGUCAUUCAACAUUCGGAAGGAUUGGGUGACACUACCGUCAUGGCUCGUUCCGUUUGUCAGUGCCGAUGCGCUCAAGACGGGCAAGCAAGAAAUGACAGCAGUCGGGCGUGCUGUUAUUACGCGGUGGCUCAUGGACGAAAUCUUCAACCGUUGUUUCCACCCAGGCUUGGACCCCGAGCUCAGCAGGCAGCUCAAGACAAUAGAGCAGAACAUCAGGCACUUCAGCUACACGAUGAGCAGCCCAGAAGAAUUUGACGCACUGACGAGCAAGGUGGUCGGCUGGCGUAUGGCGACGCUUGAUGGUCUACAGGACGUGCUUCGAAGUGGGGAGAGUCUGAACCACAAGGCCGACUUUACGCGGCGCGCGACGAGCAACCUCACGGCGUGUCUUUACCAGCACCUGAGCGACCCGCCGCCGCCUGGCGUCGAUGGGAGCGCCAGCAUGAUUGUGGAACUUGCCGUGGGGAUUGCGGCCAACCUUCCUCUGGAGAGCCGUGACGUGGCGAUUGUGUACCCACUACCAGAACAGCAGAUUCAGUUCGACCUGAUGGAUGUCGAGAAGCAAGUCAUUCCGGCGCUUGAUGCGCGCGCUUCCGAGUCAACAGAGGACGGCGCGGGAGAGGAUAGCGAAAGCAAAGAUAGCGCCAAAGACGCCAAAGAUCGGCGCAGAGACAAGUCUAGAUCUGGUAGGUCAAAGACAGCGCCGGGUGCAGGCGGUUCUAUGCCUGAUGCCAGAAAUGGCAUCAAUGCUGACGGUUCCACUCUGCUAGCAGCUCCUCCGAUGCCGCCCAAGGAUCCAGCCAAGGUGCGCUUCGCCGGAUUCGUUGCUGUCGAAGUACGGGGACGCCAGGUCUUGAUGAAGGCACCGGUUUGGACCCUUGGAUAGGGGUGGAUGGUUAAGGUAAUAGUGGGGGACCGAUCAGCUAGCCGCCUUGCUGCUGCUGUGUACAGCUCAGAUGGUCAAAAUGGGAGAGGGACUUCUGGGUAGUAAGUAUACGUGAUGUCGCGCAUUUUCCUUGGUGUUUA